GCAACAAAAGAAUCUUGAAGGAUAUGUGGGGUUUGCAAACCUUCCUAAUCAAGUGUACAGGAAGUCUGUGAAGAGAGGAUUUGAAUUCACAUUGAUGGUUGUGGCUACAUCCUGUACAGAAAAAGCGGGAGCGGUCCAGUCUCGCUAACUACCACCCAACUGGUCUACACUGAGCAACUUGGAAGGUGUCUUUGACGCUACAAUAAAGAGAACUUGCCAGUAAUUCAGAACCAAAGCACUGCAGAUGCUGCAACUGCUCAGGCAGUAUUUAUGGAAGAGAAUUAAUAUUUCAGGUGAAUCAGGAUUAGGAAAGUCGACACUCAUCAACUCUUUGUUUCUGACAGACUUGUAUUCUUCAGAGUACCCAGGCCCUUCACAUAGGAUCAAAAAAACAGUCAUGGUUGAACAGUCAAAAGUAUUCAUUAAAGAAGGUGGUGUUCAACUACUACUCACAAUAGUCGAUACACCUGGAUUUGGAGAUGCUGUUGACAACAGUAACUGCUGGCAGCCUGUCAUCGAUCACAUAGACAGCAAAUUUGAAGAUUAUCUUAAUGCUGAAUCCCGUGUGAACCGACGCCAAAUGCCAGACAGCAGAGUCCACUGUUGUUUAUACUUUAUUGCUCCUUCAGGCCACGGACUAAAGCCUUUGGACAUUGAAUUCAUGAAGCGCCUACAUGAGAAAGUUAACAUCAUUCCACUCAUUGCCAAAGCCGACACCCUCACUCCAGAAGAAUGCCAACAGUUCAAGAGACAGGUGAUGAAAGAAAUCCAAGAGCACAAAAUAAAGAUAUAUGAAUUCCCAGAAACUGAUGAUGAAGAAGAAAAUAAGUUGGUAAAGAAGAUUAAGGAUCGUUUACCUCUUGCUGUUGUAGGUAGUAAUACUAUCAUAGAGGUGAAUGGAAAACGUGUCAGGGGGCGACAGUAUCCUUGGGGAGUUGCAGAAGUUGAAAAUAGUGAGCACUGUGACUUCACAAUUCUACGAAACAUGCUGAUAAGAACCCACAUGCAGGACCUGAAGGAUGUAACCAACAAUGUUCAUUAUGAAAACUAUAGGAGCAGAAAGUUGGCUGCAGUUACAUACAAUGGCGUUGAUAACAAUAAAAACAAAGGACAGUUAACCAAAUUUGACACAGUUGAAGGCAUAAGCCCUCUAGCCCAGAUGGAGGAAGAGCGGAGAGAACACGUGGCAAAGAUGAAGAAGAUGGAGAUGGAAAUGGAACAAGUCUUCGAAAUGAAAGUCAAAGAGAAGAUUCAGAAGCUGAAAGAUUCCGAGGCAGAGCUCCAGCGACGCCACGAACAAAUGAAGAAGAAUUUAGAAGCGCAGCACAAAGAGCUUGAGGAGAAGCGCCGCCAGUUUGAAGACGAGAAGCAGAACUGGGAGGCUCAGCAACGCAUCUUGGAGCAGCAAAAGCUGGAUUCCACCAGGACCUUGGAAAAGAACAAGAAGAAAGGGAAGAUCUUUUAAACAUUUGAAGGCCACCAAUUAUGUACUUGCCAAUUUGCCAGCCCUGGACAUAAUUUUUUUUUUGAAAGGAUUCAACUUUGCACCUAUUAUCUCUAUAUAAUGUUAAUGUAUUAGCAUGUGAAAUGGCCAACUUAAUACUAUGUACAUUAAUUUCUAUUUGUAGUCUCUGGUAUAGGAAGUUAGACAAGUCUCGCGUUACCUGGGGUGUAUUGUAUGUAGAGACACAACAUCUGAAUUUUUUUUUUAAGAACCUGAUGCCUCCCUUUUUAUGCAGAUUAAUGUAUUCCUGUUAUGCAAUCAUGUUCUGGUGGUUCAUUUACAGAAUAUUGUCUGUUCUUCCACAGAUGUAAGAACUUUGAAAGGCGGUUAGAAGAAACAGUGCGAUAAUUUGUUGUAGUUAUACUGUGCUUUAAGAAGUUAUACCACUCUAUCUAAUGUAGAUAGAGCAGAGAUUGUCCAACUCAUUCUCAUUCUUGACCAACAUCUGUUCCUCUUCCACCUUUCACAGUUUUGUCCCCAAACCUCCAGAAAUAUUUAAACUAACAGGCUCAGCCACUUAUGUAAUGUGUUGUCUUAGAUUUUUGCUGUUUUCAUUCAAUAAUUAAUGUUCUCUAGUAAAACAUUAACUUUUUGUAAUUGCUUCAUUUAUUGUAACAAUUAAUUUAGAUACUUCAUUUAUUGCCCAGCAACAUGCUGAAAAAUUCAAAAAAAAAGCAUAGCUUUUGUAUGUUAGGAAGUGGGGGAGGAAUGAAGAACUUGCGUUCUCUUGCAUUUUAUUGUAACUGACUAAAGUGCUGCAUUUCCUGUAUGCUCUGGAGCCAUUAAAGCACCUUCAGUUAUAAGGGCAGUCAAGCUUGCAUCUCCAUGCUCAGUGGAUUCAUGGCCUCUGGGUGUUGG